CCUCGUUUGCGGCAUAUAAUGGGACCAGCGCGGCAAGCGUCUGCCCGGAAUCACCCCUGCGGAGGUGUUUAAGGCUCUUUUCAAGACUAAGACGAUGCCGGCUGAUAGCGUAAAGUGAUGGCACCCUUGCACAGGCUCCUGGUGGAGUUCCUGCAGUACCCAGGAUCCAGCCACGAUUGGCUUCAGCAGUGGGAAGUGGACUUCUACACCAAUGGCGUGACGGAAUUGCUCGGCACCUCGCUAGCACUGCCACCUGGCGGCAACCGGCAACGGUAUACGGGCAGUCAACUUGCCAUGGCCAUCACCACCAUGAAGUUUGCAUUAGCAUUUUACAGAGACCGGCCUCUGCUGGACAGCGCCAAACAGCCGGAUGACGUAUGCCGUCUGCUCGCGCAGCUGGAGACAUGGCCGUCCACCAACAGACCACUGCUUAACACCGAGCAGCUGGAUAGCCUCGGGGACUAUCUCUCCAGAAUCUUCGGAAACUCGUUCGUGCGCCAGCUGUUGCUGCGACCGCUGUUCGAGACACCGUACCGGCUGGAGUGGAAGCUGAACCGGCCGCUGACGCUGCGCGGCGUGUCGCCCGAGCCGCCACCCGAGCGCGGCCAGGCCAAGAAGGCUAAGCCGAAGCCAAAGUCGAAAAAGAGGGGCAAGAAGAGCGCGCCACCACCGCCCGAAGAGCCGACGCACGAGGUGGGCGUGCAGCUGCGUCCGCCCGGUUACCUGCCGCUCCGACUGGCCGCCCCGCUGCCCGUGCUCUACGAGCUUUACACCGGCGAGGUGUACGACGAGGAGGAGAUGAAGAAGAAGAAGAAGAAGGGCAGGAGGAAAUAG